AUGCUUACACGCCGAGUUAAACCAACAGUUAUUCGUAUUAAGAAGAGCGCAUCAACAGCAAAUCCGCCAAUUACUAGUACGCAAAGUACAAAUGAAUCGUCCGCUGCUACACAGAGUCAGCCAAGGAAGUCCAACAUUUCAUCUGUUCAUACAGAGAGAAUAAGUCCAUCACAAAUCAAUGUUAGCAGGACUAGUGGUUCAACGCGAGAUUCGUCCAUCAAUGCGCAAAAUGCGAAUAGUUCCAUCUCACGCCAGGUCACACCAAGUGAUACAGAGAAAAGUUAUUUGCCAGGAUUAUUCUCACGGUUAUCGUCUCCUGGUAGUACAAACUCGAUUUCACCGUUGAAGAUAGGAGUAUGGAAUGAUAAGGAUGAUGACGAAAAUCGAAGAAAUAGACGAAGAAGGGGUGCUUCAUUCCAUAUAACAAGAUGCUGUUGCUGGGCUUUGAUUGCUGCUGCAAUCGCCGUGAUCCUACUUGCAGCUUUGAUUACAGCAAUCAUUUGGCUUCUUAUGCAACCGAAAGUUACUACGACGACAACAACGACUACGAGCACAACAGCAACAACUACAACAACGACUACUGCAACAACGACGACAUCGUCUACUUCAUCCACUUCUUCAACAUCGUCUACAUCAAGUACCUCUUCCUCAUCAUCAACCUCUUCUACUUCAUCGACUUCCUCAACAUCGUCGACAUCGACCACUUCUUCCACUUCGUCUACCUCUUCAACUUCAUCCACGUCAUCGACAUCCUCAACCAGCUCAACGUCAUCAACUUCGUCCACAUCAUCCACAUCAUCAACUAGCUCAACGUCAUCAUCAACAUCAUCAACAUCCUCCACCAGUUCAACAUCAUCAACUUCGUCUACAUCAUCUACAUCAUCUACAUCAUCAACUAGUUCAACAUCAUCGUCAAGUUCGACUUCAUCAUCCACAUCAUCGACGUCGUCCACGUCAGCCACAACAAGUACGUCAAGUACAUCAAGCACAUCAAGCACAACAACAACAUCAGCAACUACCACAAGCACUAGCACAACUACAACAACGACCACCGGAUGUACCAGCUGUUCUAAUUAUUGUUGGAAUGCAACAGGUGUAACAGUUACCGAUACUUAUACUAGUACCAAUAAAGAGCCCACUAGUAUAAUCAUAGAUUCCUCUGACGGAAUGUAUCUUUCCGAUCAUAAGCUUGGAUAUGUUGAUCGAUGUUCGACAAAUUGUGUAGGUAGAAAUGGAACAACGGCUGAAACGGAUCAUAUUGAUUACAUUACGUUUGACAAAAAUGGAUUUAUGUACACGAACGACCACAACAGCUACCGAGUUCGACGUUUUCCACCAGGCGCUUCAACUGGUAGCAUUAUUGCUGGAUCUGGAUCGUCUGUUACUGGUAGUCUCUCCUAUCCUGUAGGAGUUGCGGUGGAUAAUAAUCUAAAUCUUUAUAUUGGCGACCAAAAGGCUGCCAGUGUGUACAUGUUGGCUCCCAGUGGAACAAGUUUGUUUAAUGUUAUCAACACUGGUAGUACCUUGAGUAAGAUGUCGGCGCUUUUACUUCCGCAUGGUUCGUCAAGUGAAAUUUACAUGAGUGACGAAGGUGGUGCGAAAGUGUUUCUGUGGCCAUUCAGUUCCUCAACUCCCCGAGUAAUAUAUACUAACGUUAUCACUGGUAAUGGAAACCUCAAUAAUCCAAGAGGACUGAAACUCGAUCCUCUAGGUAAUUUAUAUGUUGCAGAUCAGAAGAAUAAUCGAAUCGUCAUGUACUGCGUCAAUUCUACGAAUGGCAUUGUAGUUAUGGGCACUAGCGAGAAUCCUGUCGAUCUUGCAUUUGAUUCCAGCAUGAAUCUGUAUACAUACUUAAGUAAUGGCAAAGUGAUGAAACAUAAAUUAUUGUAG